AUGUCGAAAUUCCGUCGUGUUUUUACCUAUAUUCUGGAUCUGGAAGUCAACCCUAAGCGUCAGCCAUUGAAUGAAGAGGAUCUCAAGCUCGGGGCUUAUUUGAUUGACUUCGGUGAAUCGAUCGAUAAGGGAGACUUUGAUAUAGAAGCGGAACAGCACCUUUUGGAUUUCGAAGACGAUCUACAGGAUUUGAGUUGGAGUCCGGAGGACGAUGAAUUUCACAAAAUCCAAAUGUAUCCCGAUGUUGUUCAUUUUCCUGGGAAACCAAAUAUGAUUCAAUUUGGACAUGGAGAAUUUGUGGAAUUAGACAAAGUUCAGGAAACGGUCGCUUACUAUGGAUCCAGAACCGUAUUUAACAAUAAUGGAUCAAAACUCCGCCCAAUUUUGAGCCAAGUUCAACAUAAGUUUGGAUUCAUCAGGAAUCGUAACCAUUUGGACAAACUUUGGGAGUACGAGUCUCUGGGCUUCACAAAAGCAAAUAGGAAGAACAAUUUGGAGUUCAUCUCGAUGGAGCUAGAAAAGGAAGUCAGGAUGCAUAUUGAAAACGGAAAAAUACUCCACCACUCGGUUCUCCGCUUUUUGAUUGCUGGUAUCAUCAAGGAAUACAAAAUCGACAUCAAAAAUUUCAUUGGAACGGAAAGCUGGUUGAACGCUCCAAACCUUGAAGUCAAUUGUCACACUAGUCAUAUCAUGACGAAAGAAUUGAUGAAAGUCUUCUUUCAAAAAAUCAUGUUUGACUCGUCUAUGCCGAAGGAUGCUCUUCUGAUUGUAGAUUUGUGGAACAGCUGGAAGGACACUGCCGCCAUCGAUUCGGUCACCCCUCCAUCGCACAAAUUGAAAAUCUUGACGAUUCCAGCUGGAUGCACUGGGCGUAUCCAACCAUGUGAUGUAGGCAUUUUUGGAUCCUUCAAGAAAGUUGUGAAGACACUCACAAACUAUGCCCAGUUGACCAAUAGCAACUACAAGUUCCAAACCAGUGAUGAAACUCUGAAGUGGAGCGACAGAAAACACUGUUGUUGUCAGAGAACGCCGAAUAUUAUAACAAAGAAACUCGUCACGACAAAGACUCGGAAAGGAAAAGAAUCGCUCGAGCACCACCACCUACCACCAUACCAUACCACCUAA